CAACAGGUUUUUUUAAGUGCUUCCUCAAAUCAUAGAUCUCUGAAAUAUCAACUAAAAAACUAAUAAACAAACACUAUUGAAAGCCAUGGGGAAAUCUAUAGUGGUCUUUGGUUACACUUAGAAGAAAACUGGCAAUGGAUUGAACACGAAGAUAUGGGCAUGAGAUUAGUAGAGUAUUGUACCUUGGUCGUGUUCAUUCUGUGUGCUCAUUCCCAGGAAAUACAAAAUAAUGCUGGGGAGAUCUGGUCCGAGUGCAGUCUCACGUGUGGUAGUGGCUUACAGUACAAGCUGAAUGACAAUCAAAUCACAAGACUUUGUAACACCAUGGAGUGUCCUGGCGACGCUGGCUGUCUUUCAGCAUACCUCAGCUUUGAACACGUGAAUAAUAAAUUAAUUUUCGACGAAUCAAAGAAUGGUAACCUUGCAACAAUGUUAGGAACGGCCCAAAUCGUUGACAAAGGCAAAUUUGGUAAAGCAUUGAAGUUGUCCGACGGAGGAAGCGUUUCAUUUGAUGUUGCGAAAUUCAAAAAUCGUCCAAGUUUGGCGAUAACUAUUGCAUUGUGGGUAAAACUGGAGGACAUUAAGGGAUUCCAAGAGAUAUUUUUUACAUGUGGAAAACCGCAUCUUUAUAACGUGGGCGCAUAUCACCUCGGAGUUAACGACGGUACGAUCACGUGGUCUUUGAAAGAUGGCGACGAGAAAGAACUAUUUAGUCUUACCUCAGACAAACCGAUGAAUACGUCACAAUGGUACCAUAUCGCAGGCUCAUAUCGACUGUCUAACGGUGAAGCUAAGCUAUACAUAAAUGGGAAAAUGAACAAAGAAACAAAAGUAGAAGGCAAGCUCAAAGCUGAUGAUAACUGGACAUGCGCAGAUGUGGGAAGUUCCCAGGACAAAAAGCCCGUUCAAGGAAUCAUCGAUGAAUUUUAUAUUUUUAAGUGUGCUUUACUUCCUCAAGAAAUAUCAGAACUUUUUAGUAAAAACCAGUUUAAGAAGUUUCUUAUUCCAACACCAAAUCAUUAAAAACAUAAAAACCUCUUCAAUCUUACAUACACUAAUACAAACCAGUCAAGAACUUCAAAAUCUUCAUAACUUUUAAACUAAAAAUCGCUUUCUAUUCUUUUAUUAUCAACACUUAUAUCAAAAUUAAAUGUCUGCAAAACUCAA